AUGUUAGUGAGUAUGUACUAUGUGAGAUGGCACUGCGUGCGUGUAGGGCGCGAUGUGCGCGCAGCAGCACUGGCCGCCGGGGGCUGGGCUGGUGCGGCAGGCGGCGGUGUCUCGUUGCGUGAGGUAGAGAAUAGAGAGGUCAUUGUGUCGUGUCGCCUCCGCGCGGUCGGAGACGCCUCGCGCCGCCUCAAUGGCUCACAAAUAAGCGCUCUACAGCGCGCCAUUCUGUCGCCGGCUUUACCUAAUAGCCUCUCCGCCAACUUGGCC